AUGGGCGACGUGGAGGCAACUAGGAAGGCACGGACUCAAAAGGCACCGUUGCCUAAGUUCAGUGGGAAUAUUCUGGACUAUUUUGAUUUUAAACGUGAUUUUCGGUUCUUGGUGGACGGACGCUACGCACCCCAGGAGGCACUUUACGUCUUACGAACCUGCCUCAGCCAGGAGCCAGCGGACUGGUUACAGGGUGAGAAAGACUAUAUAUCUGCGUGGGCGGCGCUCGACGAUAAAUACGGCAACCCGCGUUUGGCAUCGGAUGUGUUAAUCGGAACUUUGGACAAAUUCAAAUCUGUCCAGCCAAAUGAAUUGUCUCAAUUCGUAGAAUUGCACCACUUGGUCAAGAAAAUCUAUAACGCCCUGGACGAACUGAAACGUGCGUCAAAUAUUGACAAUUCUACUACUAUUGGACUAAUAGAGAAAAAGCUUCCAUUCUCGGAUCGUUUGAAAUGGGCCACGCAUCAACAAACCAAGGGCAUUCAACCGUCAAUCAGUACCUUGCUUGAGUGGAUGAAAGGCGAGAUUUGGAUUCGACAAGUCGCUGGUGCUGAAAUUCGCAGUGUACAUUCUUCACAGAGUAAACAUGCUGUAAAUCUGGUCGGGACAGACGAUAAGGAUGUUACAUCACCGCAACCACAGGCCCGAUCACAACAGGGGACAGAGGUGCCGGUUGUUGACAAUUCAACCUGCCAAAACCCAGCGGAAAUCGGCCAGGUGCCGUCGAGACGUACAAGUUGGAACUGCUGGGUUUGCAAUAAAGAUGUUCAGCACAAGCCUGAAGACUGUCAAACUUUUAAAGAUAUGAACUUAGAAACGCGACUGACUGUAGUGAGGAAAGCUCGGGCGUGUUACUUUUGCUUAAAUAUACAUAGGGCUCUGUGUCGCAGUCGAAAACGCUGUGAAAUUGUCACUGGUAGUGAAAGUUGUCCGUAUAGUCACCAUCCGUUGCUGCAUGGUGCCCCUUUUGACCGAGCUGCAUCAAACACUUCCGUCAGCAUGUGUAGUAGUAAUUUGUUGCCUGUUCUGAAAGUUAAUGGUAUUAAUCCUAGAACCAAUGGAAGCAAAAGUGGCAUUCUUCUUUUUGAUAGUGGGUCACAGCUUUCAUUGAUUCGUUCCGACUACGCACGCACCUUAGGCUUAAGUGGUGAAAACAUAGUCAUAAACAUCAGCAAAGUUGGGGGUCAAGAGGAAUUGCUCGAAACACAAGUUCACAAGUUACAGGUACAGUCACUCGAUGGAAAAUUUCAGUAUACAAUUAGAGUCAUCGCGAUUGAUAAGAUAAGUGCUGAUAUCGCUUCGGUUGAUCCAAAAUGCUUGAAUAUGUGCGAAAACAACUCAGCGUUACUAAAUCGAGGAGCAGGCCCCGUCGAUAUUCUCAUUGGUAUUGACCACGCAAAGUUUUUCAGUGGGAGCACAGAUGUCCAGGGGAGAUUUGCCAUUCAUCAUUCAAUUCUUGGGACGGUGAUUUUUGGGGCGAUGGCAGUCAACCAUGGAAUGAAACAUGGACUUUAUCAGGUUUCUCUAUUAAAACCCGUUGAUAUGUCAACUUUCUGGUCUACUGAAGAAAUGGGAGUAGCAUUGAACCCGUGUUGCGCAGGUGUUAAGAAGAGUCAAGAUAAGCCACUUGGGUUGAUCGAGAAGAGGGAAGCAACGAUGAUUCGGGACAGCGCAACAAAGGUUGGGAACCGUUGGAUGAUACCACUACCAUGGUGUCGUGAUCCUGCCGAGUUACCAGACAACUAUAAUCAAGCAAAGGCCAAACUUGUCAGAACAGAAAAACGAUUGAUGAGAAACCCUGAGCAUGGGAAAAUGUAUGAUGGACAAAUCAAAGCGCUUGUGGAAAAGGGAUCAGCAAGGAAACUAACUCAAGAGGAGAUCCAAACGCAUACAGGGCCUGUACACUACAUUAGUCAUCACGCAGUAGACCGCCCAGAAAAGAAGUCAACACCGUGUCACAUCGUCUUCAAUUCAGCUGCGAGUUAUCAGGGACAUGUACUAAACGAAUAUUUGCGGAAAGGACCAGAUUUGCUCAAUAAUCUUCUGGGGGUGCUAACACGAUUUCGAGAGAACCACGUAGCCAUCGUAGGGGAUGUAUCAAAAAUGUAUCACCAAAUUCUAGUUGAUCCCGUACGUGAUGCACACACCCAUCGAUUCUUAUGGCGGGACUUCGAAAAGCGCGCGCCAGACGUGUAUGUUAAGCAGGUGCUAACAUUUGGAGAUGUCUCAUCACCAGCACUAGCUAACACAGCUAUUGACCUCACCGCAGAAGAAUACGAAGAGACCUUCCCGGAGGCUGUGGCCACGAUCAAGCGGUGUCGCUACAUGGAUGACAUCGGCGAUUCGUUACCUACUAUCCCAGCAGCAACCAAACGUACUGAGGAGAUCGAUGAAAUAUUCGAUAGCGGACACUUCAAAAUAAAAGAAUGGGUUUCGAAUGAACAACUUGGGAGAAAGGGAAACCCAGCAUCGGAUAAUUCGGAUCAGAUGGGAGACGAGAAGUUUUUGGGAAUGUUGUGGGACAGGGACAAGGACAACAUAUCAAUAUCCAUGAAGAUACCCAAAUGUUUCUCAGCAACCGUGGAACGCACAUGCUGGAACAUGCCUGACAAACUAACAAAACGGAUAGUUCUAAGCGCGUUGGCAGGAGUGUAUGACGUUAUAGGCCUCGUUACACCCGUUAUCCUGACUGCAAAAAUUGGUCUACAAGACUUGUGGAAGGAAGGUUACCAAUGGGACCAGGAACUCCCUGAAUCCGUCAGAACCAAAUGGAUGAAUUGGUUCACAAGUUUGGAACACCUGAAAACGCUCAAGUUUGAACGCUGUCUGACUCCGUUGGCGUGCGAGGGACGUCCAGUACUUGUAAUCUUUUGUGAUGCGUCUCUGGGUGGGUUCGGCAGUGUUGCAUAUCUCAGGUGGGCAACCACAGACGGUUGUCAGAUUCGGUUCCUUAUGGCAAAGUCACGAGUGGCCCCCCUAAAGCCACUUACUAUUCCGCGGUUGGAAUUACAAGCUGCUGUGAUGGCUAGCAGGCUGAAUGACUUCAUCCGAGCUGAAACCCGACUUCAACUGGAGAACCCAUUCUUUUUUCGGAUUCAAUGA